AUGGGAAAUAAAUCAUCAAGCAAAAAAGUGCCAGAAAAGCUAAGAUAUCGGCAAGCUGAUUAUCCAAUAACGACUGAAAUAGAUUUAUAUAAUGAUGAUGAAGCUAUAGAAAUCAGAGAAUCAGAGACUAAAACUAUUUCAGAUAUAACGCCGUAUGAUCAAAAAUUGCAGUUAUUAAUGAAGCCUGCUCUAAGCUAUUUGCAAAUUAAUGGCACAUUACCCCAAGAAAUGCCAUGCCAGCUAUCAAUGCAAGCUUCAGAGACUUCAAUAUCUGAAGAAACUCUUCGUCAAGGAGUUGACAUUAUAUGUGUAAUUGAUGUAAGUGGAAGCAUGAGGGGACCAAAACUUGAAUUAACUAAAAAGACACUCGAAUUUAUGGUCAACCAGCUUUGCGAAAAAGAUCGAGUUAGCUUGAUUGCAUUCAAUAAUAUUGUUACUAGGAUUCAGCCCUUAAUAAGAAUGACUCCACAUGGCAAAGCUCAAACUAUAGAAGAAAUAAGAAAUCUUGAAGCAAAUGGAGGCACUGAUAUUACCGGAGGCUUGCACCAUGGAAUUAAAACGUUAAUAUCCUAUUUAAGAGAAACCAAAACUAGGAAAAAUGCCUAUUUUGGAAUUUGACUGUAUUUAAGAACACAACAAAAUUUUUUAACUUUUUUUUGUUAUGAAAUAGUUUCAUAUAUAUUUUAUUUUAAACGGCAUUCUCAACAUAAAUUUAAAUAUUUAAUUAUAAUUUUUUUAAAAAAAUUCCUCACUCUUAAAGGUAGGAGGUAGAAGAUCGAAAGAUUGUUAAUAAAAUAUCUUCAAUCGUUUUACUUUCAGAUGGGCGUGAUAAACAAAAAGAUACAUCACUAGAUCGUGGAAAAGCUAGUAUUGACUCUUCAUCGUUAAAAGAUUACUCAAUUCAUACUUUUGGAUAUGGCUCUGGGCACGAUGCUCAGCUAUUAAGUGCAAUUUCCCAAUUAAGAAAUGGAGGAUUUUAUUAUGUUGAAAAGAGCGAGUCCAUCCCAGAAGCAUUUUCAAACUGUUUAGGAGAAUUAAUGUCAGCAGUUGCUGAUCAAAUCCAAGUCCGUUUGCAAACUCAGGCUACAGAUGUUUCAUUUUCACUCACAAAAGUUUAUUCAGAAAACGGGGACUCCACAUUUGCAAUGCCUCCUGUUCUUACAGGAGAUAAAAAAGAAGCCAUAUUUAUUUUGAGUUUUCCUUCUUGCCAGCAGCAGUUCCCACAGCCUUAUAUAAUAAGCCCUGUAAAAGGAUUUAUUAAAUAUAGACUGAUAAGGACUGGAGAAGAAAUUGAAGAAGAAUGCUACCUCAAUAUUCCUGUUUUUAAUGAAAAUGAUGCAAUAGAUUCCAUUGAAAUUGAUGAAGAUGUAAUGGUUAAUUUCUAUAGAGUUAAGAGUGCAGAAAUCUUAAAAGAAGCCGGAGAGCUUGGGGAUAAAGGAAACAUGGAAGGGGCUAGAAAUUUGCUCCAAAAAGGUGCAGAUGAGCUGAAAGUUUCAGUUGUUGCAGAAAAUUCAAUAGUUAAAAUACUGAUUAAUGACUUGGAAAAUACAAAAGGCAGGUUUUUGAAUGAAAGAGAAUAUGAGCAUGGAGGGAAAGCAGAAGUCAUGAGCAAAGCAAGAGGGCAUUUUAGUAAAAGAGAACAGAAUGUUGAAUGCUAUAAGAACAGUUGCCAAAAAGAAAUAUCGAAAUGCUCUAAAGAAUAUUUUGCUAAUUAA